AAGGCUCAUAGAUUUCUUUAUGAUCUUCGAUUAAAAAUUAAACUUUACUACUUUGGGACAAAAACCCACCAUUUUAAUCCACCGCUUUUGGAUACCAAAACCAAAAUUUUCUCUCCAAAUGUUAUAAAGGGCCGCAUCCUUUUUCUUUCCAUAAACCAUUUGUUUGCUUCCUGGAUCCCCGAUACCGUUCUUAUUUCGAUCAAUCUCAAGUUUCCCUAAAUUUGGCUCCGGAAUUCGCCGCAGAAAUCGAAGAUAAGCAAGCGCCACCCUUAUGCGUAAAGUUCUUGUAUCUUAUCCAACUUCCACUGAUUUGAGUUUUCUGGGUUGUUAUCGUUUCGAUUAUUUGUUAUGAACAUGAUUGCUUUGUUUGAUAAUUCGACCAUGAAGGCUUCUUGUAGGCUCCUAAUUAGUUGUAGAAACUCAGGGUUCUUCGGGCUCCCACCCGUGAAAUCCCCCCACGGUUUCCCCAACAAUUAUUGUUUGAAUUUUACCUUCAAAUUUCAUUCGAACAGCCAGUAUACUUCGCGCCCUUUUCAUUUUUCGGGGUCUGGACGAAUUUUAGAUGGGACCCUGAAUCCUCCGCUGGCUAGUUUGAGUUAUGGCCAAUAUGGGGUUAUAGCGAGGAGGUCUUAUAGUUAUAGUAUUGUUCCAAAACCCAUUAGGGGUGUGUCUAUAAUUGCUAGAAUUGCCUCAAAAUUUCGUGAUCUUUCCACAUCCAUAGAGACCCGUGUGAAUGACAAUAACUUUGAGAGGAUAUAUGUCCAGGGCGGUUUGAAUGUGAAGCCUGUGGCUGUUGAAAAGAUUGACAAGGAUGAGAAUAUUGUAGGAGAGGAGGAUUCUAGAUUAGAAGUUGGUAGUGAACAUGUAAAUGAGGAAAACUUAGAGGAUUUGAAUAAAGCUAAGGUCAUUAGUUCCAAUAAAGAGGUUUCUGAUAUUGAGAAAGAGGCUUGGAGGUUGUUACGUGAGUCAAUUGUGACGUAUUGUGGAAGUCCAGUCGGCACCGUGGCUGCAAAUGAUCCGGCCGAUAAGCAACCGUUGAAUUAUGAUCAGGUCUUCAUUCGAGAUUUCGUACCUUCUGCCCUUGCAUUCCUGCUGAAUGGUGAAGGGGAGAUUGUGAGGAAUUUUCUCCUUCACACCUUACAGCUACAGAGCUGGGAGAAAACAGUAGAUUGUUACAGCCCAGGACAAGGCUUGAUGCCAGCAAGCUUCAAAGUCAGAACCGUUCCCCUUGAUGGAAAUUAUUUUGAAGAAGUUUUGGAUCCAGAUUUUGGCGAAUCAGCCAUAGGACGUGUGGCACCAGUGGAUUCAGGAUUGUGGUGGAUCAUUCUUUUAAGGGCUUACGGAAAAAUUACUGGAGACUAUGCUCUACAAGAAAGAGUGGAUGUGCAAACUGGCUUAAAAAUGAUACUCAACCUGUGUCUAACAGAUGGGUUUGAUAUGUUUCCUUCUCUGUUGGUCACUGAUGGCUCCUGCAUGAUUGACCGUCGGAUGGGCAUUCAUGGCCAUCCUCUUGAGAUCCAAGCCUUGUUUUAUUCAGCGUUAAGGUGCUCGCGCGAAAUGCUCACUGUGAAUGAUGGGUCCAAGAACUUAGUGAGGGCCAUUAACAAUCGACUCAGUGCCCUAUCGUUCCAUAUCAGAGAAUAUUAUUGGGUUGAUAUGAAUAAGAUUAAUGAGAUCUAUCGUUAUAAAACAGAAGAAUACUCCAUGGAUGCUACAAACAAAUUCAACAUUUAUCCUGACCAAAUUCCUCAGUGGCUAAUGGACUGGGUGCCAGAGGAAGGAGGUUAUUUUAUAGGCAAUCUCCAACCAGCUCAUAUGGAUUUUAGGUUUUUUACUCUCGGAAACCUUUGGUCCAUAGUCUCGUCUUUGGGUACGCCAAAACAAAAUGAAUCUAUUCUCAAUCUUAUUGAAGCUAAAUGGAGCGAUCUGGUGGGUCAUAUGCCUCUUAAGAUAUGUUACCCAGCUUUGGAGUAUGAGGAAUGGCGCAUAAUCACUGGCAGCGACCCGAAAAAUACCCCAUGGUCGUAUCAUAAUGGUGGAUCCUGGCCAACACUUCUUUGGCAGUUCACAUUGGCAUGCAUCAAGAUGGGCAAGCUCGAAAUGGCCAAGAAAGCAGUUGCUGUGGCUGAGAAGAGGAUUGCUGCCGAUCGCUGGCCCGAAUAUUAUGACACCCGAACAGGGAAGUUCAUAGGAAAGCAAUCCCGACUCUAUCAAACAUGGACAAUUGCUGGGUUCCUGACAUCUAAAAUGCUGGUUGAGAAUCCAGAGCUGGCAUCUUCUUUGUUUUGGGAAGAGGACUAUGAGCUACUCGAGAUAUGCGUUUGUGCACUUAGCAAGUCGGGCAGGAAGAAGUGCUCUCGCGGUGCUGCCCGGUCGCAGAUCCUUGUUUAAGGUAACUUCACUCUGAAAAGAAUGAGAAUGCCUUUGUACUUUACUGUACAGCUAUAAGUUAAUAGGUUAGAGAAAUGAAAUUAAAGAGUUAGUUCCAAGUUCUAGAAGAAAGGCUAUUUGUUCUCCUUGCAUACUGCAAAAAUGUAAGCUGAUUCUGUAAACCAAUUAAUGCUAGUUGAUUGGUCAUAGAUUUUUUUUAGAAUUGAGAGAGCCUGAAUAUUAAUCUGGAUUCUCUCUGAACAUCUUUAUGUAAAUAUAUAUUUGACAAUAAUAUAUUUCCAUUAUGUUAA